GCACAAAAAAAAUGAGAUGUGAGAAUCUAGACUCUUAUCAUCUCUCUCUCCUCCUCUCAGCCAAUCACUUCACUCUUUCUAGAUUUUCUUCCCUCACUUCCAUUUUUUCUUUCCACAGAUUUCUUCAAUUCUCUUCUCUUUUUAUUUUCAUUUCUCUCUCUUUAUCACCUUUUCCAUAGCAUUGCCAUCUCCUGAAUUAGAGAAUCUCUCUCUCUCUCAUAUUCUACAUAUUACUCGAAAAAUUUGAUUUUCUAAGCUGAAAAUCAUUGAAUUUUGCUAAUUUUACCACAUGGGUAUCUCUAAAAAUCACUAAAAAAGCUAAAAAUAUUUUAAAAAAAUCAGCCGAAGAUAAUUAAGAUGAAGAUCCAAUGCGACGUAUGCGAAAAAGCGCCAGCGACGGUGAUUUGCUGCGCCGAUGAAGCCGCUCUAUGCGCGAAUUGCGAUAUCGAAGUCCAUGAAGCCAACAAGCUUGCAAGCAAACACCAAAGGCUUCUUCUUGAAUGCCUUUCUAAUAAGCUUCCACGCUGCGAUAUUUGCCAGGAGAAGGCAGCCUUCAUCUUCUGUGUCGAAGAUCGGGCCCUUUUCUGUCGGGAUUGUGAUGAGCCGAUCCACUCGCCGGGCAGUCUUUCCGGCAACCAUCAACGCCUGCUCGCGACCGGAAUACGUGUGGCUUUGAGCGCCGCGUGUGCCAAAGAAGCUGAGUCAGGCUGUUCCGAGCCACCAAAUCAUAACUCGACGCCGAUUGUGAUGAAAAUGCCCCCACCGCAGCCCCCCACGUACACAUCUCCGCCGUGGGCCGUCGAUGAGCUGUUGCAAUUUUCCGAUUUCGAAUCCGGCGAUAAGAGAGAAUCAAUUGGGUUUGGAGAACUUGAAUGGAUAGGAGACAUUGGUCUGUUUGAUGAGCAAGUGCCUCAAUCUCAAGAGGCAAUGACAGCUGCUGAAGUCCCUCAACUCCCCAUUUCAACAGCAAGCAAUGCAACCUUAUACAGGCCCACCAAAUCCAUCAUGGCCCACAAGAAACCCAGGAUCGAGAUCUCAGAGGAUGAGGAGUACUUCACCGUUCCUGAUCUUGGGUGACCUGAUUUCUAUGUAUAUAUAUCUUGAGGAAUUAUGCGAUGCAUCGUUUGGUGAUCCAGACCGUUGAUAUGAUGAACCCCAUCAUGGAUGGACCAAAAACUUCAUGGAUUGGAAGAUCCUAGCCGUCAAUCUUUAGCCUUGCUCUCAUUGAAUGUAAGCCAUUGUUAUAUAUUUUCUCUCCUAGCUGUGGCAACAUCGACCAUGAUCGAAAUUUUUUAGUACAAUCACAUCCAUGAUGGGGCCCAUCAGAUCAACAUUUGGACCAUCCAACAAUAGACCACACUUGUAGGACAUCCUUGAGCUGUGGAUCAUAUAAUUCUUCGAAAUCUUAUACAACAAAAACAGUAAAUUCUUAUAUUUUAUAUGCAUGGUAUAUCUAUCCCAUGUAUAGAGGUUAGUGUUUUGUAUCAUUUUAUUUUUCCUUCAUUGGUUUGCUUGUGUAUAUCUACUCACAGAUUAUUAACUGCGUGAGAUGCAUAUUGAAGUA